UACGUCACUUCCUGGAGUCACGCAGCCAGUUCUGGCCAGUUCACUGCUGCUGUAGUACUCAUUCUCAGCUGUCAACACACCGCAAGCGUCCACUUCGGCUGUCUGCCUUGAUAAUAUUUUUUCAAACAAGUGCAGCGCUGGUUUUUUCUCCAACGUUUCCCUUCAGAUAGCACCCACCCUUCUCUAAUCAUGACGCGAAGGUGAUCUUCAGAGUGUCCAGGUGGUUCUGGGUUCCAGGUUGUUGUUCUGAGAGACCUGUGGGGAGGUGGACCGCCUUGGGCAUCGUGUCCCUGGCUCUUAAGUGAUUAGGGAAGGGGAUUGACAAACUAUUUGGCAACAUGGAGAAAGGAGAUCUAAAGCUGAUCAACAAGGGAGAGGAGGAAGAGAUGGAGCUGCAGGGCUACCGCUUAUGUCGUUGGCGGCUGGCCCUUGUAGGCUUCGGGGUGCUCUGUACAGGAGGCUUCCUCCUUCUCCUGCUUUACUGGAUGCCAGAAUGGUGCGUCAAGUCCACUUGCACCCGUACCACAGCCCGAGAUGCAGAGGUGGUGUUGCUGCGCUCCACGGAUGAAUUCCGGCGCUGGUUCCUGGCAAGGGUGCAGGUGAUGCUUGCUCCAGGGAGCAACCCCUUCCACAGCCUGGAGACCCAGACCACCUCCCCCUCAUCCCCCCACUCCUCCCCCUUCUCCAACCCUGCUGCUUCACCUGUGGCCAACGGACACACUCCUCACCCGUCCGACGGCAGUCCCGCUCAGGAGCUCAAGUCAAGAUUUUCCGACUACCAGCCCACACAGAUUCGUUAUUUUACUUUACAUAGCACAAAGUAUUACUGGAGCCAUGAGGUGCAGAACUUCCAGGUCCUAAUUGGCCUGGAGGAUCUGCAGCCGAAGUGCUCCACCAUCCACAAAGAGCACACCACAGGCCUGACCCGGAACCAGCAGGAAUACAGGAAAUUGUUCUUUGGAGUGAAUGACAUCGCAGUGAAAGUGCCUUCUGUUUUCAAGCUGCUUAUCAAAGAGGUCCUCAACCCUUUUUACAUCUUCCAGCUCUUCAGUGUGAUCCUGUGGAGUGCUGAUGAGUAUUACUACUAUGCUGUGGCCAUUGUUUUCAUGUCGGUCGUAUCCAUAGCUACCUCUCUGUACACCAUUAAAAAGCAAUACAUCAUGCUUCAUGACAUGGUGACAGCUCAUAGUGUUGUCCGUGUGUCUGUAUGCCGAGCCAAUAAAGACAUUGAAGAGAUCUUGUCUACUGACCUGGUGCCUGGUGAUGUAAUGGUCAUUCCCAACAAUGGGACCAUCAUGCCCUGUGAUGCCGUGCUGGUCAGUGGCACCUGCAUCGUCAAUGAAAGCAUGCUCACAGGUGAAAGCGUUCCAGUAACAAAGACCAACCUCCCAAACUCGGCGGAAGGGGAGGGUGACAGUGCCUACAACACAGAGGAACACAAGAGACACACUCUCUUCUGUGGCACCAACGUUAUCCAAACCCGCUUUUACACAGACGAGCUGGUCAAGGCUGUGGUGGUCCGCACAGGGUUCAGCACAGCCAAAGGCCAGCUGGUGCGCUCCAUCCUCUACCCCAAACCCACCGACUUUAAGCUGUAUCGCGAUGCCUACCUCUUCCUGUUGUGUCUUGUGGCUGUGGCUGGGAUUGGCUUUAUAUACUCCAUAGUUCUCAGUGUCAUGCACGAGGUGCCAGCAAAGACCAUCAUCAUCGAGUCCCUGGACAUCAUCACUAUCACUGUGCCACCAGCGCUGCCGGCAGCCAUGACAGCUGGAAUCGUGUACGCCCAGAGGCGUCUGAAACAAUCUGGCAUUUUCUGCAUCAGCCCGCAGAGGAUCAAUAUCUGUGGGCAAAUCAAUUUGUUCUGUUUUGAUAAAACUGGGACUCUGACUGAAGAUGGGUUAGACCUUUGGGGAGUUCAAAGAGUUGAAAAUAGCAGUUUUCACCUGUCGGAGGAAAAUGCCUACAAGGAAAAUCUUGUCAAGUCACAGUUUGUGGCCUGCAUGGCAACCUGCCACUCCCUUACCAAAAUAGAAGGCCAGCUGUCCGGAGAUCCACUGGACCUCAAAAUGUUUGAGGCUACAGGCUGGAUCCUGGAAGAAGCCACUGAAGAAGAAACGUCUCUCCACAAUCGCAUCAUGCCCACCGUAGUCCGCCCACCAAAGCAGCUGUUGCCCCCAGAACCUGCACUGUCCUCAGAACAAGAUAUGGAACUCUACGAGCUUUCGUCAGCGUAUGAGAUAGGCAUCGUGAGGCAGUUUCCUUUUUCCUCGGCCCUUCAGAGAAUGAGUGUGGUCGCGCGUCUGCUGGGGGAGAAGCGUAUGGACGCCUACAUGAAGGGAGCGCCAGAGGUGGUGGCGAGUCUCUGCAAGAAUGAGACGGUUCCGCAGGACUUUGCAGAAGUUUUAGAGGAUUACACUAAGCAGGGUUUUAGAGUGAUUGCUUUGGCUCAUCGUCGACUGGAAUCCAAACUUUCAUGGCACAAAGUCCAAAAUAUCAGCAGGGAUCACAUUGAGACAAACAUGGAGUUCCUGGGUCUUAUAAUCAUGCAGAACAAGCUGAAGACAGAAACUCCAGGAAUCCUGCAAGAUCUACAUCGAGCAAACAUCCGCACUGUCAUGGUCACUGGUGACAACAUGUUGACUGCAAUCUCAGUGGCCCGUGACUGUGGAAUGAUCCCUCCUGACGACACGGUCAUAAUCGCUGAUGCUCACCCUCCACACUUUGGACAACCUGCAAGGAUUACUUGGAGAUAUGCUGACAAACCCAGCAAGACAACUCGGUAUGAGGACGUCAACAUAAGCCUGGAGGAUGUGUGUGACGAGCCGAAACCAAAGGAGCAGUACCACUUUGCCAUGAACGGGAAGUCUUUUGCGACGAUUGCUGAGCAUUUCCCUGACAUGCUGCAAAAGCUUGUGCUGCGUGGGACUGUGUUUGCUAGGAUGGCACCCGACCAGAAAACCCAGCUGAUCGAGGCUCUGCAGGGAGUAGACUACUAUGUAGGAAUGUGUGGAGAUGGAGCAAAUGACUGUGGGGCUCUGAAAAGGGCACAUGGCGGGAUCUCUCUGUCAGAGCUUGAAGCAUCAGUGGCGUCACCGUUCACCUCAAGGACCCCCAACAUCUCCUGCGUCCCCAGCCUCAUCAGAGAGGGCCGUGCUGCUCUUAUCACCUCCUUCUGUGUAUUCAAGUUUAUGGCUCUCUACAGUAUAAUCCAGUACAUUAGUGUGACUCUUCUAUACUCGAUCCUCAGUAACCUCGGAGACCUUCAGUUUCUCUUCAUAGACAUUGCAAUCAUUCUCAUUAUUGUCUUUACCAUGAGUCUGAAUCCAGCGUGGAAAGAUCUGGUGCCCCGUCGUCCCCCGUCAGGUCUCAUCUCUGGACCGCUGCUGUUCUCUGUGCUGACCCAGAUCCUCAUCUGCCUGGGCUUCCAGAUCCUAACAUUUCUCUGGGUGCAGAAGCAGGCCUGGUACACCCCCUGGACGCCCUUUACAGAUGUUUGCAACCACUCAUCACACCUGAAUGUGUCCGACCUGAAUGGCACCGACCUGGACGAGCACAACAUCCAGAACUUUGAGAACACCAGCCUCUUCUAUGUCUCCUCCUUCCAGUAUCUCAUCGUUGCAAUCGUUUUCUCCAAGGGAAAGCCCUUCAGGCAGCCCAGCUACAAAAAUUGGCCUUUUGUACUCUCUACUGUGGGUCUGUACAUAUUUCUGCUAUUCAUCUUGUUUCAUCCUGUUGAAAGCAUAGAUGAGACUUUGGAGAUCGUUUGCGUCCCGUUUGAAUGGAGGCUAAAACUUUUUCUGAUCAUCAUCGUAAAUGCUGCUGUGUCUGUUUUGGUGGAGACCUUCAUCCUUGACAUCGUCUUAUGGAAGCUUGUGUUCAGCAGAGACAAACAGGGCAACUUUGGCAUCCCCCCUGCUGCCCCGACACCACAGGGAGGGAUUGAUCUGCAAGUUUAUAAGCGUCUUUCCUGGCUGAGUUGUCUGCGCAAGAGGGCACCCAAAGCCCGCUACAUGCAUCUGGCCAAGGAGCUCAUGGUGGACCCCGACUGGCCCCCGAAGCCAACCACCACCACCGAAGCCAACUGUUCUACUUAUGACAUCAGAAUCAACUCCUAGCAUCCAUAGCAGCUUUAUCUUUCAUACAAAAGACAUGCUUAGGAGGCGUGUCGAUGAACACGUCGUUCUUAUCAAGGUGCAUCACAGGUGCAUCACAUGAAGAUGUAUGUUGCUUGUUUUUGUCUCAGCCCCCCCACCUUAAUGUAACUGCAAAAGCUGUGGGUUUGCACACAAAUACCAAAAAAAAAAAGUCAUUGUAGCUUUCUUACCCAUAGACUCCAUACAAAAAGAAAGUUCUCAGGUAUAUAUUUUUUUUUUUUUUACAGUUUGAGAACAGCAGUAAUGUAAAAAGUAUAAAAACCUUAGAAAACACAAAAACAUUAUAGAAGCUGUCAGGUUUAAAGCCUCCUGAUGUAAAAGCAUUUAAAAAUACUGUUCCUGAGCUGUGAUGUAAAGAGAUUGGGGAAAUGGUAGUUGGAAGAUUACACUUCACACUUGGUGAUGAACCCAACCGUGUCCAGAGCCAGAUUCAUAAGGCUGCAAAAUGACAGCAUUUGGAUUCUGCAAAGCUGCUGCUGCUGCUUUUUACACUGUAACUUCUUAGAUCCACAGAACACUUUCCCAACCUGAAAGGUCACAAACAUGUUUUUGGAGCUCCAAUAGAUUAAAGAAUGGCCCUCAAAAUGUGUAUUCACUCCACUUUGCAUCCUCUGUGUUCUCAUUUUGAUUUUAUUGCUCAUAAAUUGAGGUAUAAAGAUGGACUUUUUCCACUCUGUUUUACGGCUUGUCUCUAAAAUGAAGCAAAUCUGCAACUUUAACAGCAUUCAUAUUUAUCUAUCAUAUUAGCCUUAUUGUGUAAAAUAAUCAUAAAUAUUGACAUAUUCUAAAAAGGAUAACUAGGAAUGGCACGGUUUUCCUCAUUAAGAACAUUACGAACACACUCUUUCAAAUGUUUAUUUAUCAGAACAUGGAUUUUGAGUGUGGAGAGAGCCGCUGCUUGCAUGGCUGUAGAACUUGUUCAGCGAGGCAUUUCCAGCUUCACACAUACGAGCUGAUUCUUGAAAACUAUACAGCAUUUUUGUAGAAACGAGCAUCAGUGAAUUCCGAACCCGAAACAGCACGUACCAUUAAAGCACACGCAUGGGACUACGUUGGUCGGAUGCAUCAUACAUCCUCAUUCAUCCUGAAGUUCUCCAUGAAUGUUCCACCUUUGAAAGUAAGAUUUUCUUCCUGUGGAAGAACGAUUUUAGCUGUGCUUUUGAAGGAUACUAAGGCAUGGUAAUAAUACUAUUUUUUUGAAAGAUAAAUGCAUGUCCUAUUGAUGUUCUAGACUCAACCAGAUCCUGUCGGCAUAAAGGGCUAUUUUUGAAGUUGGUUUCCUCUUUUUAACUAAAUCUAUAGUCUUGGUACUUUAGCCAUUGUAAAAAUAGAUCAUAUUUAUUGAGAAGUUCUGUUAAAUUCUGCUAAUUAAAAAGCUUACACACGUACUAAGAAAACUGUGAGAAUGCACAGCAACACUUGUAUGUAUAUAAGCAGAAAACAUCCCAGUUGGUGUUCAGUUUAACAAACGAGGUUCAUAGCAGCUUCUCUGAUAUACAUUGUACAGGUAUUGUAAUGGUAUCUGUAGUUAUGCAACUCCAUUAACAUUAUUCUAAUGCCCAGGCAGAAUUGGGACAAUUUUUUCUGAUUUUUAUCACCAACAUUUUAGCAUCUUAUCAUGUGUCGCCCCCAAUAUGUGUCAGUCUGUCGGUUAUUUGUUUGUUUAAAUGUAUAAAUCAUAUGUUUCUUUAUUGAAGCUUUUGUCUGCACAUUUUGUAAUGAACUUCUGAAUGUCAGAUAUGACAAUAGUUUUUUAAGAAUGCUUUUUUUGUGGUCUUUAGUGAGUCUGCUGAACUUAUAAAGUUUUAAAGAUAAAAAGCAGAAUAAUUUCAGAUGCUUUUGUUCCUCCCAGAUCUCAAAUGUCACUCGUUUUUUUUUUUUUUUUUUUUUUUUUUGCCCACAUUUGUUAUCAUUUAUUGUUGAGAUAUAAGUUUGGUAUAAGAAAAAAAAAACUAUAAUUAUUUCUUAUGUUCUUCCCAAAGACGAUUCAUUCAUAUCAGUUGCUGAAAAAUGUUAAAUAUGAGAAGAUGGAGUUUUAAUCUUCAUUACUAUCAAAUGAGACAGAGCACAAAUGGACAUGAAAAUAUUUAUAUCAACAUAUAUAAAUAGAGAGAGAGAUGUACAUUUUUAGAAUGUGCAUAUAAAAAUAUAGUUAGUUUUUGAUUUAUCAAAGGGCUUUUGUAUUUUACACUUUUCGGUACUGUAUUUUAAUCAGUUGUUUACUUUUGAAUUUUUAUUUUCUGUUGGUUGUAUCUGUUCUUCCAUAUUUUUUUUUAUUUUUUAUUUUUUGGCAUGAAUUUUGGGCAUUUUUCUCCAACAGUUUGAACUUGUAAAAUCUGACCAUUGCUCAAUUCUAUUAAGAGGGUUUUGGAGUUUGAAAUACAGUAGAAUGAACCUUUAUCUUGGGAUCAUCCACAAGACAGUUUUUCAGCCUCUAAUUUUCUUUUAUCACUAUUUUGUGUUAAACAGAAUGUCAUCAAUCAUGCCUCAUUUUGUGUUUUUGUUAAUUUUCGCAACUAUAUUUAGCUUUUUCUUUGUCUGCCUUUUCACCAUUUUUCAUUACACAAAAGAGAAAUGGAAUUGGCAAGUAGACUGCUAGUUAGUAUCAACUAUUUUAGAGUAAAAUGCUGCUAGGAACAAAACGUUUCAAGUUGUCAGAACUUUGAAUGUGCAUGCAGACAAUUCAGUUUAAAGAUGUGCAAAAACUACUAUUGCUUUUCAUUUGCUUCAAUGUUGCCUUUUUUUUAUCACACCAUGGCUUCAUCAAAGCAAACUCUUUAUUAAAACUAUGCUCUUCGUCAGGUACAACAAACUGUGAUUGACUGUCCAAAAUUAGCAUCGAUCUCAUCACAUCAAAUGUGUGUAAACCAAACUAUGGAAUGACAUUCAGACUAAAUCCGACUGAUGUGGAUGUUUCCUCAGGGAACUGUAUCUGUAAAGACAUACAAAGUUGAUAUUCAAACACAUUUUAAAGCUCAAUCAUUGUGAAAGCUUUUUUUUAAAUUAUUUUUUUAAUGCAAUUUAGUUUGUUUUGCGUAUUUUCUGCUUCCACUGCUCAUCUGGAGUGUAUGUAUUUUUUUAUUGGCAGAUCUGUACAUUUUUGAAAAAUUUUGUACUUUAUAAUUUAUUUUAUUUAUUUUGAUCUCUCCCCAACCUUUGACAAAAAUUGUACUUUGAAAUUAUCUUGAUUUCUCUCUUUUCAUUAAAUGUUCCUACCGCAG